AUGAUAUGUUCAGAGAAAGUCAAAGUAUAUCUUGACACCAUCCUUAAGAACCACACAGCUCAUGCUUGUGAAGGGGACACGCUCAUCAUCGAGUGUCCCUCGAGGACAUCUGUGGCCGUACUCUCAGCUUUCUACGGACGACGUGUUCCUAAUCAGUAUCUAUGUCCCUCUGCAAACACAAACACAAGUGUGGAGGAGGAUAAAGAAUGCACUUCCCCAGUUGCUAUCGAGAAAGUGCUGUCAGAGUGUCAGGAUCAGCGGUCCUGUCACAUCCCUGUCUUCAGUCCAGUGUUUGGGCAGGACCCCUGUCCUCUCACCAGCAAGUACCUUCUAGUGGCCUACAAGUGCAGACCAGAGCACCACCGCACAAGGCUGGUGUGUGAAAAUGAGCGUCUGAGGCUGAUGUGUAAAAACGGGACUGUCCUUGCGAUCUACUCGGCCACGUUUGGACACCUGCUGCAUGGCAGUCCUUACUGUCCUCAGGAACCUGGAUCACACAUUGACAUGGUUAUUCCAGAGUGUUUGUCGCCUUCGGCUCUGAAGAAGGUGUCACGUAGGUGUCACAGCAGAGCCAACUGCUCAGUAGUGGCUGAUACUCUAACAUUCGGGGACCCCUGCUUCCCGGGCACCAGGAAACACCUGCGUGUGUCCUUUACUUGUGUGCCCCGGUAUCUUCUGGAAAAUGUGGGUCGAGGGUCAAUGGAUCCUUUCAUGAUCUCAGACUACACACAUGGUCUCCCAGAGCGAGUGGCUCUGUACUUUGUCUCUGGCAUCUGUGCUGGUCUGGUUUUCCUGCUCUGCCUGUUUGGUAUACGCUCCACACUAGUGAGGGAUGUUAAAGAUCUGGUUUCUGACCUGAAGGAUGAGCUGAAAGCUUCUCGCAGACAGCGCAAGGAGCUCAUGGAGGACCUCUUUGACGAUGAAAUCUCAGACACGUCAUCCUUCCGUCGCCUCACACAAUCAUACCGCACGACAGAAAUUCUCAGCCCUUCCACUUUGACAAUAGAGAUGGUUGAUAGUGAGGUGGAUCAGAUGAGGGAUCAGCCCAACGGAGACAUUUGGCCACAUCGAGACUCCAGCCCUUACGCCAUUCAUAAGAUUAAAACCUUAAAUUAAACAAUUGAGAGAAGUUACAAGUAUUAGAGAAACUACUGCUAAAUCAUCUUUGCAUCUCUGCUAUGAAAUUGAGGUUGUGGACUGAAAUUACAUACAGACAUU